UACUACAGAUACUUCUGAGAGAUUGUACAUGGCACCUAUUUCUCGGAAAACCACCAGGGCUGCGCAUGCGCUCUGUACCUGUGAAACGCACAAGUGUCGCCACACAGCACAAUAUGACGAAGAUGAUGUCGAAAUGGAGAAGAGCCGAGUGCCGUCAUUGCCCCAAAUCGUCCCGAAAUCCAAACUGGAUCAGCUAUCCAGGAUACCAAUUAACCGCUCCAAGAGCUGGGACCGCCUGGACGAUAGUCCACAAAAGAAUUCCGCCUUUGUAACCUGCGAAGGAAAAGUGAUCGGUGUCCCCACGUCCAAGAGCCUCCCCUCCCUGUCGAACCCGUUCCCCAGAAGGGUUCCGGCAGCCCUUCUGGCGGCCAUCAACGAUCGUCUGGGGUCGGACAUCCACCCCGAAGACACCAUCGUGGUGGAGAUGUCAGCAGAGAACGUCGGCCCGAAGAUGAGGCACGCCUUCACGGUGCAGGAAAUCCGGGAAAUCGUGUCCAAGUUCGAGGAACAGGCUGGCAGGAAGGUCAAGCCCAUCCCUCUAGAGACGGUUCUGGACCCCGAGGAGGAUGAAGAGGGGCCUAUCACGUUCGAGAUUCGACACGGCAAAGAGAAAAACGUCUUCAGGCUGCCAGCAGGCAAGCUGAAGGACAACAAAAAAUGGUUCCUGCAUUACUGCCUGUGGCCAGUCGGUCGUUACGUCCUGUCCAUGGGCCAAGACAGUUCUUUCCCAACGGACGGCAUUCAAUGGGAAGAGAUUCGACUGAGUAACAAAGCCGUGCUUAUGCUGCCUCCGAAUUUCUGGACAUGAAUUUCGGUAGAUAAGAUCCGACAUAGCUAUUUUCCGAAAUUGUACAUAUUUUAAUAUUUUCAUGAAGACUUGCUACUGUGUGCAAAAUGUGAAUCGUUUUGUUGGAUUUAUGUGGCUAAUUUUCAAUAAAAA